CAAGGGUAUACCGAGCAUAUAACCCAGACCAUUCCGCUGCUGUGGACUGAACUGCCUUUCUGGCGUACAGAUACCACGAUCAAACAACAAAUUACAGACGCCAAAUGAAGUUGUUCAUCUUCCUCUCCUCCCUCCUUGCCAUCGCCACCGCCGCGCCUCUGGUGGACAGAGCACUCCCUCCCUCGCUCGACCCUUUCUACGAUCCUCCUUCGGGCUGGGAAUCUCAACCAGUCGGCUCGAUCCUGAAGACUCGCUCAGUGGUCACCGCGACGGCUUCCAUCGUUGCCAACUUGGCCAUCGAUGGAACUCAGCUGCUGUAUCGGACCGCUGGCCCUGCUGGCGAGGCUCUCAGUACCGUAGUGACCAUCUUGAGACCGGCAGGGGCCAAGAAAGACAGAUUAUUGGCUUAUACGUUUGCCGAGGAUUCGAAUGCUCGAAAAUGCGCUCCUUCAUACAAUCUGCAAUUUGCCUCCGUGCCGACCAACUUGAUCACCACCGUCGAAAAUUUCCUUGUGCAGGCUGCCCUGGCCCAGGGCUGGACGGUCACCGUACCCGACUAUCAGGGACCCAAUUCGGCGUUCAUCGCCGGUCAGUUGGAAGGACGGGCGGUCUUGGACGGUAUUCGAGCUACUCUCAAGUAUCCCAACUUGAACUUGAACAACCCGAAAAUCGCGGUUUGGGGUUACUCUGGUGGAGCCGCCGCCGCAGGAUGGACCGGAGCUCUUCAGCCCUCCUAUGCGCCCGAGUUGAAUAUGAUUGGGGUAGCCCAAGGUGGCACUCCAGCGUACCUGCCAGGAACCGCCCGCUUCAUUGACGGAACCGCUCUGGCCGGUUUGGCUUUCGGUGCCCUAGCAGGCAUGGGAUCGGCUUAUCCUGCUUUCGAAACCAGGAUCCAAGAACUUCUCACUUCCCAGGGAAAACAGGAAAUCGUCCGCGUACGCGAAAGAUGCGCCACAGACAACAUUUUUGCCUAUGCCGGCCAGAAAAUCCUCGAGACGUAUGUGACCACCGGUACGGCCGCACUUGACGAUCCCAUCAUCAAGCCCAUCCUCGAUCAGCAAACGAUGGGGGCCCCUUCGACGCCUCGGGUCCCAGUCUACGUCUACCACGCUGCCAACGACGAUGUAGUCCCCUACGCCGAUGUGCCCGGCAUGGUGGAUUCCUGGUGCAACGACGGUGCGACGGUAGAAUUCGUCACAGACGUCGCACCGUCAACUAACCAUUUCGCCAUGGAAAUACUCCACUUCCCCGCUGUCCUCGACUGGCUAAAGGGCAGGUUCGACGGAACCAUUAACCCGAGCGGUUGCUCUCGCAAGGAGAUCUCUCAAAGUCUGCUCGGGUCCACCACGCUUGCCGAAUCUGUCGGUGGCAACAGCGCCGCUGCUGCGGUCAACGCCGCCAACGCCGCGUUGCAAGCGAGUCCCCUUGCAUAGCGGCUAUGAUAUCAAUGCAACGCAUGAAGAUGAUGAGCAGAUAUAAUCAGGUUUCAAAUCCCAAUCGAAAUGUAUACGUUUCAAGCUAUGGGUAUUAAGAUUGGUGAUGAAACGCCGAACAAUCCGAAAUAGCCAAUCAUCUACCGUCCAAACGUUCCUUGAGGAUCUCGACCCUCCCCUUGAUCCCGAUUCGCGUCUCC